GUCCGCCACCUCCACUCUCAAUCAACCUCGUCACUCACACCAUGAAGCUUUUCUCCAACAGCUCAUGAACCCGAGCUUGGGCCAGUAGUUGUCUCCCUCGGCCAUCAGGAACAUCUUACGAGACUCCUCCAACAAACCCCCGCACCGGAUGGUCAUUUGGCUUUCGUUGCGGCGAUUUCUCUCCAACGCCAUCAUGUGGGGUGUGAGCCUAUGAGGUGUGUGCAUUCUGCGUGCCAAUGCCAGUACGAAACGUCCCUGGGGCGAUAUAAAGCAGAAGUGCCGAUCCAGACACCGAGCUUUCGCUGUCCCUUUGAGACUCCUCAAUUCAAGGUCCUACGUAUAUCGCCACUUGCGGAUUCGACAUCUUGAGACGACUCACAACUCGUUCUAUCCAAUUACAUACCCCGCGAACCCGGAAUUCGAGAAUUAGAGGAGGCGAUCAACGACUCCAGCAAGUAAACAUGGCGCCCAAGACGUUGAACGACUUGAAACGCAAAGACCUGUUUCAGACAAAAGGGUACAUCAAUGAAAGUUGGGUCGACGCAGCCUCGGGCAAAACAUUCGAUGUUUAUGACCCAGCCACUCUGGACAAAAUCGCGACCCUCCCUGAAAUGGGCGCCGAAGACACCAACAAGGCCAUCGCUGCUGCACACGAAGCCUUCCAGAGUUUCAAAAAGACGAGCGCCCGCCAGCGCGCAAGGUGGUUGCGGAAGUGGAGCGACCUCUGCCUCGAGAAUGUCGACGAUCUCGCCUUGAUUCUGACGCUUGAAAAUGGCAAGACCCUGGUCGAAGCCAAAGGCGAAGUCACUUAUGCGGCUUCUUUCCUCGAAUGGUUCGCUGGCGAAGCUGAAAGGGUGCACGGCGAGGUUGUCCCUCCAGCCAACUUAAACCAGCGUAUCUUGACGUUCAAACAACCCAUCGGGGUCGCGGCGUGUCUCGCUCCUUGGAACUUCCCAAUCGCCAUGAUAACGAGAAAAGUGGGCGCAGCGCUAGCAGCAGGGUGCACCACGGUGUGGAAACCAGCUGGGGAAACUCCGUUGAGUUCUCUCGCACAAGCCGUCCUUGCUCAUGAAGCUGGAUUCCCAAAGGGCUCCAUCAACGUUAUCACCACCCUCAAUCUUGUCAACGAAGUCGGCGAAGCACUGUGUAAGAGCACUUUGGUCCGAAAGUUGAGCUUCACAGGCAGUACUCGUGUGGGCAAACUCCUGGCCAGGCAAUGCAGUGACAGCCUCAAGAAGCUAUCCCUCGAACUGGGUGGGAACAGCCCGUUUAUCGUGUUUGACGAUGCCAAACUCGACACCGCGAUCGAGGCGUGCAUAUUGGCCAAAUUCCGAAACUCUGGCCAGACCUGUGUGACUGCCAACCGGAUCUUCGUACAGAAGGGCAUCUAUGACAAGUUCGCCGAAGCUCUGACGGUCAAGAUCAAAUCGCUCAAAGUCGGCCCAGGAACCGAGGAAGGAGUCUUCGUGGGCCCACUGACGCACGAGCGAGCCGUCGAAAAGGCCAUGAACCACAUUAAUGAUGCUAAGAAACACGGCGGCCAGGUCAUCCUUGGUGGAGAGCCGUUGAAGGACUUUAAAGGCUACUUCCUCCAGCCCACGAUUAUCAAAGGGAUGAAUCGGGAGAUGAUCACCACACGGGAAGAGACCUUUGCUCCCGUUGUCGGUCUCUACGAAUUCGACACCGAGGAAGAGGUCAUCAAAAUGGCAAAUGACUGUAACGUCGGUCUGGGAUCCUUCAUCGUCACGGAAAACAUCCCACGAGCGUUCCGGGUCACCGAGGCACUAGAAGUCGGCAUGGUCGGCGUCAACCUGGGGCUGCUCAGCGCUUGCGAGAGCCCCUUCGGCGGCGUGAAGGAAAGUGGGUAUGGUCGAGAAGGCGGCCGACAGGGCAUCGAGGAAUAUCUGAGCGUCAAGUCGAUGUUGAUCAACGUCGCCAAUUGAGCAUUGGGGGACAUUUUAG